CUAACUGGACGGAUCUAUCAAUACGGUUGAAAUAUCAUUUUUAAAAUGGAAAACCAAACUAUUGAAUUUAAUGCUGACGAGCUUCAGCCGCCAACUUGGCUAAAUGUCGGGUUUAUCGGAGACAUUUUAAGUGCCUACGAGAAAGUAGAUCUGAAUGUGACCGAGCUGCAGAUCUCCCCCGCCACUGCCCAGGGAGAUCACUAUGCCAGCGUCAUGUUCCGCACCAAGGUGGAGUAUACCACCGCCAAGGGAAAGUUCUCCAAGGCGCUGAUUAUCAAGACAAUGCCGGAGCAGGAGGGUCACAAGAAGGACAUGCUGGCGGACACCCAUGUGUUCGAAACGGAGAUAGGAAUGUACUGCUACGCCCUUCCAGAGUUCGAAAGAAUUCUCCGGGAGGCAGGGGAUAAUACUAAGCUGUUCGUGCCCUGCAUCUAUCACAGCUUGAAACCGCGCCAAGUGAUGAUCUUCGAGGAUCUGGUGCCGCAGGGGUACACCGUCAUUCGGAAUAGUCCACCAUCAGUAGGGGAUUUAAAAUUAGUAUUUGCCAAGCUGGCCAAGUGGCACGCAGUCAGCAUGAAAGUUAUUAAUGAGCAACCUACUUUUCUGAAGGAGUUCAAGUAUGGUCUUUUCGAAAUGCCCACCAUCAACACUGAUCCCUUUAUAACAACUGGCAUGGGAAACUUUAUCAAAAUGCUGGACAAACUCCCAGAGCUGAGGAAGUACAAGCCUCAUUUCGAAAAGAUAAAAGAUAAUUAUUUGCAACGACUGCAAGUGGAGAUGCAUGAGUAUCACAAAUAUCGGAGGAAUGAUCGAUACUACGUCCUGUGCCACGGGGACUUCCAUCUUCGGAACAUGAUGUUCAGGCACAACAAGAAGCUAGGAGCCUACGAUGACGUAAUGCUGGUGGAUUUCCAAUUCUCCAAUCUUGUUCCUAUCACAGUGGACCUGACAUACUCCAUCUAUAUGUUGAUGGAGCCGGAACAGCGCUGGGAAAUGGGAAAGGACUUGAUCAACUAUUACUUUUCGGUUUUGCUUGACACUCUUAGGAAAAUUGGAUACAGGGGUGAUAUGCCUACCCAAAAUGAUUUGUGGGAUCAAAUUCACAACAACAAAUACUUUGAUUUUUUUUUGAUCAGCACAUUGCUUCCUAUGAUGUUGGGCAUUAAAUCAGACACUCUUAAAAUGCAUGACGCCCUCCAAGACCCAGAGGAACGGCAGAAGUCUUACUAUUACGAUGCCUAUAUUAAAGAUGUCUCCAAGUUAUUACCCAAAUUCGAAAAAUUAGGAUACUUUAAUGAUCUAUAAUUUAAAAGUUUACAUAAUAUAUAACAAAGUGUUAGCCUGUUAUUCCAAAUAAUAUUUAUACACUGAAGUAGUGUGAUAUGAAUAAA